ACCAGCUGUUUGCGAAGAUGUUAAUCAACGCCAAACGUGCAAAGUUUGAAAUAAUUUUUAGUUUUUAACAUCCAGUAUUUAAUUUACAAUGUCUGAGGCCCGCCGGCGCUACCGGAACAAGAAGCGAGAUGACCAACGUCCAAUGCAGGGAGCGGGACAGACAGCGCCGGUCACCAUUGCUCGUCGCGAGGAUCCACGCAGCGUCCAGCCGAAAAUACUACUCAAAAAGGACAUCGGCUCGGAUCCCUGCAGCAGUAUCAGUAACCAAGACCUGCCCUGCUUCCCCAAAACACUCAUCAUCAAUCGCGGCAGCGAUGGCCGCUCCGAUAAAUGCAAACCCACAGCCGGCCCAGCCGGAUGCAUGCCGCCGUCAACAGCCCCCGCAUCCAACUCAUCAGUUUGCGCCGCUUUGGCCAGUGCCCCACCAGCCAAUGAGCGGGAGAAGAGCAGCUCAGGCUCCGGCUCUGGAGCAGCCCAGCUGCCGGCCCAAGAGCUGCAGCCACCACGAAUGACACGAACCACCCCGCUGAUAGUCUCCAACGGCGUGUUCAACGCCAAUGCGCGCAAGCUCUUCCACAAAACAAACACAGACUUCACGGUGAUAGGUGUGCUGGGUGGCCAGGGUGUGGGCAAGUCCACGUUGCUCAAUCUGCUGGCGGCCGAGCGGCCCCUGGAGUACGACUACUAUCAGCACCUGUUCGCGAAGGAGGCGGACGAGUGCACAUUCCACACGCGGCACAAGUGCAAGCCCAGCGCCAGCCAAAGCCAGAAGAGCAUUAUGCGCCCGCGCACCGAGGCGCUGCAGUUCUUCAUCACCAGGGAGCGUUUCAUUCUGUUGGACACGCCGCCGCUGCUGGUGGCCAACGGCAAGGACGCGGACUACCUGGAGCUGCACUCGCUGGCCCCCAUGACGCAAAUGCUCAGCGUUUGCCACAUCCUGCUGCUGGCCAUCGACGAAGUGAGUCUCGAGCAGCUGCACUUGCUGCACACCGCCCUGCGGCUGCGCCCGCGCUUCCCCUGCAAGGGCUACGUUCGCGACUACCUGCCACAUGUGAUGUUCGUGCGGACACGCGCCCAGCGCCAGCACUUUGAGCCCCGCCAGCGGGAGCGACUCGACAAGCAGCUGGUCCAUCUGUUUGGCAACACCGGACUGCACAUCUAUCGGGGCCGUGGCGAUGCACGCUGCCUGAACAGCUUCAUGCUGCCCGAAGUGAGUGGCAACGAGGCGACCGCCCACCAUGCCUGCCUGGGCGAGCUGGUGCGGCAGUUUCGCGAGCGGGUGUUCAGCACAACGCGCGUCUCCAUGUGCCAGAACAACGACCUGAGCGAGGCCAUUUGGUUCGAGCUGCUGGCGGAGAGUGUGCGCCGUGCCACGCCGCACUUUGAGAAUAUUUAUGCGGAGAUCAAGCGACGCCAUCUGGAUGCGCGCUGCCAGUGGCGAGCCGAGAACUGGCGCAACUUUGACGCCAAUUAGACAGGGAGAAAUAUAUAUAGAAAUACAUUAAACUUUUAUUUGAAC